GUCUCUCAAACCUCCUCUGCUUCUCCGGGUGAGCGUCACCGCGGUGUUGUCUCCACGUCCCCGCGGUAGCGCCAUCACUCGGUGGUCUCUCGUUCUACAAUUCGAUGCGUGGCGGCAUGGUCACAUGGAACAACCGGCGGUCACCGCAGUAGGAACAAAAACAAACAGACUAAAUGCAUACGCUACGCCCCUUGUCAGUAGCCACACUGGCAAAGGUUUUCAACAGAUGUUUCAGAAGAUUGAAAUCCACAGACGGGAGACCCUCAGCUCCACUUGGCUCAAGGAUUCUGACAAACUCUGAUGACAUCUUCAAACAUAACAUGUGGGAUCAUGUACAGUGGACAGAAGAAGACAAAGAAAAGGCUCGUCAGAAGGCAAAAGAAAACUCCUUGGUUCAAAUCCCCUUUCCAGAACGAGGUAAAUUUGUAUCGGACGCCUGCCAUUACUGGGACACAUUCUAUGAAGUUCACCGGAAUAAAUUCUUCAAAGACCGCACCUGGCUGUUUUCCGAGUUCCCAGAGCUGCUACCGCUGAACGCAGAGAGCCAAGGUGUAGAGGGGCGUGAUCCGCAUGCUGAGCGGCUGACACUCAGUGUGCUGGAGAGGAAGCCAGAAGCCAGGCUUGAAGGUCGGACAAACACAGAGACUCAUCGAGACUCUCCACUGAAGACAGACAAAGCUUUCCGAGGAGAGGCUGCAGCCUACAGGAUAUUAGAGGUCGGAUGUGGGGUUGGCAACAGUGUGAUUCCCAUUGUUAAAAACAUAAGAGAAAAGAGUGCAUUUCUAUACUGCUGCGACUUCUCCCCGUGUGCCAUUCAGCUGCUUAAGGACCAUCCUGACUACGACGAGUCUGUGUGUCACGCUUUUGUACAUGACCUGUGCGACGAGGAGGCCGCCUUUCCCUUCCCUCCUCACAGCCUGGAUGUUAUUCUGGCGGUGUUCGUGCUGUCCUCCAUUAAUCCAGAGAGGACUCUACUUUCUGCCAUCAGAAUGCAGGGAGUGGUCAACCGAUUGUCCAAACACCUUAAACAUGGAGGGAUGUUUCUGUUUCGUGACUAUGGCAGAUACGACUUCACGCAACUGAGGUUUAAAACAGGACGGUGCUUGUCUGAUAACUUCUACACGCGUGGAGAUGGAACUUGUGUGUAUUUUUUCACGAAAGAGGAAGUCCACAAUUUAUUCUCCAACGCUGGAUUAACUGAAGUUCAAAAUGUGGAAGACAGACGCCUCCAGGUCAACAGGAAAAAGAAGGUUGCGAUUCACCGGGUGUGGAUGCAGAGCAAAUACAGGAAGUCUCCUGCACCCAGUUAACACAGGAAGAAUUAUAUACCCAUAUUACUGUUCAUUGACUGCAGAAUUUGU